AUGGCUCCGCGCUGCUUCAUCGUCCGCCACGGCGAAACAGAAUGGUCCCUCAACGGUCGGCACACUGGUACAACAGACCUCCCAUUAACCGCGAACGGCGAGAAGCGCAUCAAAGCCACCGGCAAAGCCCUCGUCGGUAACGACAGGCUAAUCGUGCCGAAGAAUUUAGUUCACGUAUUCGUCUCCCCACGCUCCCGCGCCCAACGAACCCUCGAACUCCUCGAGAUCGGCUGCCGCGAGCGUCUUCCCUGGAACCAGGAGCGGAAGGCUGAGGAGGAAGAGCCGAUUCGGACGGAGGCUGGGGUGCAGAUUACGGAGGCGAUUCGGGAGUGGGAUUAUGGGGAGUACGAGGGAUUGACGAGUAAGCAGAUUCGGGCUAUUAGGGCGGAGAAGGGACUGGGGCCUUGGAAUAUUUGGACUGAUGGGUGUCCUGGGGGAGAAUCACCCGAAGACGUCGUCCGCCGUCUGGAUGCCCUGAUCACUGAGAUCAAGGAAAAAUACCACCGCCCCUGCUUUGAGCAUCCUGGCCAGCCGAAGGGAGACGUCCUAGUCGUGGCGCACGGGCACAUCCUCCGCGCAUUCGCUAUGCGCUGGACUGGCAAGCCAUUGAAUGAGACCUCGCUGAUUUUGGAAGCCGGUGGUGUAGGCACUUUGAGCUAUGAACACCACAACAUAGAUGAACCAGCGGUUAUCCUGGGAGGCCAAUUCGUUGUCGAGUAA